CAUUGAGACUAUAUUCGAACGGGGGUGGGUGCCAGAAUUUCAAAUUAUCGCUCAUCUUCCCCCCUUUCUGAAUCUCAAAGACGAAGCUAAGAUGGGGGUGAAGUAUCUGUGGGAUGUACUAGAGCCUUGCAAGAAGACAUAUCCACUCGAUCAUCUUCAAAACAAGAGGGUAUGCGUGGAUCUAUCGUGUUGGAUGGUGGAACUGCAUAAAGUGAACCAAUCGUAUUGCGCCACUAAAGAAAAAGUUUAUCUCCGAGGCUUCUUUCAUCGCCUUCGUGCCCUAAUUGCCCUCAACUGCUCCAUCAUUCUAGUCUCUGAUGGUUCAAUUCCUGGAAUCAAAGUACCAACUUACAGGCGUCGGUUAAAAGCAAGAUUCGAGGUUGCUGAUGAUGGCGGUGUAGAACCUGGGAAAGAGACUUCACUCAGAAGAAAUAAGGGGUCUGAGUUCUCUUGGAUGAUAAAAGAGGCCAAAGUUAUUGCUUCCACACUGGGGAUACUCUGUUUAGACGGGGUUGAGGAAGCUGAAGCACAAUGUGCUCUGUUAAACUCUGAAAACUUAUGUGACGCCUGUUUUAGCUCUGAUUCAGAUAUUUUCCUUUUUGGGGCAAAGACUGUGUACAGAGAGAUUUGCCUUGGUGAAGGAGGUCACGUUGUUUGCUAUGAGAUGGAGGACAUCAAGAAAAAUCUUGGGCUUGGACGGAACUCAUUGAUAGCUCUGGCGCUUGUGCUUGGCAGUGACUACUCUCAGGGAGUUCGUGGUAUUCGUCAGGAGAAAGCUUGCGAGAUUGUUAGGUCUGUUGGAGAAAAUAUUAUCCUUGAAAAACUUUCAUCAGAAGGACUCUCUUUUGUCAAAAAUAUGAGAAAUUUAAAGAAGCAAGCUAGGCCUAAAAAGGGGACCUUACCCUUGGUGGCUGUAAAUGGAAGUAACCAUGAUCCAGAGGGACUGCAACAGAUCAAAGAGGUGAUUGAUGCGUUCAUGAAUCCCAAGUGCCACAAAGCAGACUCUAAUACAGUUUCCAGGGCUCUAGCUGACUUCACUUUCCAGCGCACCAAGCUACAGGAGAUAUGCCAUCAGUUCUUUGAGUGGCCCCCUGAGAAAACAGAUGAAUACAUACUUCCAAAAAUUGCUGAAAGAAAGCUGAGAAGGUUUGCUAUUCUGCAAUCAAGUUCAACUGAGGUUGGCGUUAAUCAUCCUCUCCACAAGCCACAGGUACCAGAGAAGUGCCCGGUGUCUGAAAUCAUUAAGACUCGCAAAUUACAAGGACGAGAAUGUUUUGAAGUCUCAUGGAAUGAUCUAGAAGGGUUAGAGACGUCUAUUGUUCCUGCAGAUCUUGUAGAAAGGGCUUGUCCUGAGAAGAUCAUAGAGUUCAAGGAGAAAAUGGAAGCAAAGAAGAAGAAGAAGCCGAAACAAAAACAACCUAAAUCAAAAGAGAGGGAAACAAGUUCACCAACUAAAGCUUCUUCACUUAUCGAACUCAGCCUCAAACUCCAACAGAUUGAUCUUAAUUCAUCAUCUUUCCUAGCCACAAGCACCAUAGAAGAAGCAGAGCAAGAGAAGGAACAGAGAAAACCCAAGAAACAUGAUUACUUGCGUCUACUCGAUUCACCUGCUAAAGAAAAUUCCAGUAUUGGUUGGUCGACCGUUGGUAGCUUCGGUGCUGGCCCGAGCUCUUAUUCUUUCUAUCCGGAAACAGAAGUCAUUAAUCUGAUUAGCCCUUGUCCUGAAGCUCGGUCACGGAACGUGUCAAGAAGUUAUCAAGAACUGAAGUCUCAGGAGCAGAAGUGCCAUGAUCAGAAACUUGAGAAUGUGAUUGAGCUGAGUGAUUCAGACACCGAUGAUGAUGAUGAACACUGCAGAAAGGCCAGAGAGCUUAGGAUGUUUUUGGAAAAUAUUAGGAAUGACGUUAUCCUCUGAAGAUCAUGAUGAUAACUGUACAAUGUUAUUAUGUGCGAGUACGAAUUGUUCCAUUCCACAAUGUUGUGAAUUCUUUUUAUCUAAUUUUUAUUGUGUAGGUUUCAUGAAAACGGGUAGGAAACAACUAUUAAUAAACAAAUUCUUUUAUCCUCUAUAA